AUGACAAGUUGCUUUCUACAGCAGAAGGCAGCAUUUAAAACGCUUCCUGGUCACCGGCCACAGCACCAGAUCCCAGUAUGCUUCACAUGUCAGUGCAGGUAUUAUCGGUGCUCUUUUCAGCAGAUACUAAAAUAUUUUUUUUUAGGGAAUGGUGGAUCAACACUUCAUGUUCUUCAAUGCUUGGAAGAUCUGUAUGGUGAUAAAUGGACUUCUUUUAUUGUGCUGCUAAUUCAUUCUGGCGGUUACAGUCAACGUUUACCAAAUGCAAGCGCCCUGGGAAAGAUUUUCACAGCUUUGCCUUUUGGCAAUCCCGUUUACCAGAUGUUGGAACUGAAGCUCGCCAUGUACAUUGAUUUCCCCAAUCACAUGAAACCAGGAAUUCUCAUUACGUGUUCGGAUGACAUAGAACUUUACAGCACUGGAGUUACAGAAAUCAUCACAUUUGAUAAACCUGGAUUUACCGCGUUAGCUCACCCUUCGGAUUUGACAGUUGGGACCACUCACGGAGUGUUUGUUUUAGAUCCAUCCAGUUUUUCAGGAAAAGGAGGACUUGAAUACACAUCUUGCCAUCAUUUCCUGCACAAGCCUGAUAUUGAGACAAUGCGCCAGUGUGGCGCAGUGUGCCUAAGAGGGAAUUGUUCUCAGCCAAGUUCCUCUGGAGACCCCUGUGACUCAGAAAUGAACUUGGAGUGUGUGUAUACAGACAGCAUAUUUUACAUCGAUCAUAGCAUUGCAAAACAAUUACUGACAUUUUAUAAGCAGAUGGGCAGUCUUUGCUGUGAAAUAGAUGCAUAUGGUGACUUCCUCCAGGCUCUGGGACCUGGAGCCACUCAAGAUUACACAAAAAACACAAGUAACGUCACAAAAGAGGAAUUGCGGUUAGUAGAAGUACGGCAGAAGCUGUACUCUCUUCUGAAAGGAACUACGCUUAAUGUUAUAGUCUUAAACAACUCUAAGUUCUAUCAUAUUGGAACUACCCAAGAGUAUUUGUUUCAUUUUACAUCUGAUAGCAAACUGAAAUUUGAGCUUGACUUGCUGCCUGUAGCUUUUAGCAUCUUUUCUGACAAAGCCGAGACCUUGGGUCAGUCAGCAAGUGUCAUUCAAAGCGUCCUUGAGCCUGGAUGUUUUAUAGGACCAGGAUCCAUUAUUGAAUACUCUAGAAUUGGACCUGAAGUCUCAGUAGGGAAGAGCAGCAUUAUCAGUGGAUCGUACAUAAAUUUGAAAGUAGAAAUACCUUCAAACUGUUUCCUGAGUUCAUUAAGUAUAAAAAUGAACGAUCAAGUACAGUAUGUAAGUAUAGUGUUUAGUGUAGAAGACGACUUGAAAAAGAGUGUGAAAUCAUUGUCAGAUAUACAUUCGCUCCAUUUUUUUGGAGUCAGCUUACUGGAAUGCUUGGACCUCUGGGGUGUAAAGGUUUCAGACCAGCUCUUCUGCAGUGAGAACACACGUUUGGGGUUGUGGACUGCUAGGAUUUUUCCUGUUUGUUCUACUUUAAGUGAAUCGGUUAGAAUAUCGUUAAAGAUGUUAAAUUCUGUGCAGCACAUGUCGGCUUUUAAAUUGAAUGGCUUUAAGCUGUUGUCUGUUGCAGAAAUGCUCACCUACAAAGAUGUAGAAGACAUGUUGAAGUUUAGGAAGCAAAUUUAUGACGAAAUCAGUCUACAAAGACAAAAAGAGAAGUCUGAUUUGUAG